GAUCUCGACCUUCUUCUCUCUCUUCAGGAUAGGGUUUUGGAGACCCCUCCUGCUUCUCCCUCAAAGCCGCACUCCUAUUCCCCAGGGUACUUAUCAGAUGAUGGAUCACCAAGACAAAGAGGUGAUGCCGAUAUGUCUGUCUUUAGGAAUGCUGUUCAAGAUUGCCUCGAUUAUGAGACCAAACACGCUAAGAAAAAUGUCAAAUCCAAGAGCUCAAAGGAUGUUCAAGUUGAGAAGUUUUCAGGUUUGCGUAUAAGGAACUUGUCGUUCAGCCAUGAAGAGCUUAGUGAGCGUUUGUCAGACAUUCGUUUUGUUCGGUUAUCGACUAUAAAGAAUUUAUUGGCCGGAGACACUCUCUCAGGAUGUUGGGCAACUGUUGGAGUGUUGAUUGAGAAGGGUGUCCCAAGGACGAGUUCUAUUGGGCAGGAAUAUGGCAUAUGGAAAAUUGGGUGUUUGACUGAAGAUAGUGUUUCUCUUUUCUUAUUUGGUGACGCUUAUAAACAGAACAGGAAAGAGGAGGAGGGAACAGUUUUUGCACUGUUUAAUGGUUCCGCACGGAAGGAUUCCAAGGGGCAAGGAUUUUCUUUGAGUCUAAGCUCUGCCAACCAAAUUCUAAAGAUUGGUACUUCUGCAGAUUAUGGAGUUUGUGAGGGAAAGAGGACAGAUGGAGUGCCUUGUACACUUGUCAUAAAUAAGCGUCGAGGAAAAUACUGCCAAUAUCACAAAUCAAAAGCAUCAGAAAGAUAUACCACACAGAGAACUGAGUUGAAGGGAGGGAAUUUGAGAAUGGCAUUUAGAGAUCAUCAGCAGCCAGAAGGCAUUUAUGUGGUUAAACCUCCAGCUGAAAGGACAAACUCUAUCAGUGCCACAAAGCCAGUUAAAGUAAUGUCUGUGGAAGGGCUAAAACAGGCAUUAAGAAAUGCAGACAAAGUGACAACAAAUACACAUUCACAAGGAAUGAGAUUUCUAAAAGAAGUUACAGUGAAAAUGAAUUCAAAAGUUACAACUAAACCUGGCACAAUUACAGGUCAAAAAGUGACUGUAUCAGAGAACAGGAAAUCAUUUAUUGUUAAGAAAGACCUACGUUCCAGAAGCGAACAGCUUGAUGUAAAAAGAAGGAAAACUGAGCCAGGGGUUGCUUUGAAGGAUUAUACCUUGCAGGGUACAGGGAAAACAAUUGAAUUAGAAAUCGUUACUUCAGAUGAAGAAAUCUAAGUAUUCCUUGAUGAUAUUCACCCCUUCAGUUAGAGGUGAAAUUCUUGGAUUGAUGAAAGGAUAACAUUCACCACUUUUGAUGCACUGAUCUGAGCUUCCAUUCGAGGAAAUACAAAAUGAAGAACAACCGAGAUCUUACAAUUUCCAUUGCUGGGGCCAAGCUCUUCAAGGUGUCAAAGAUUCAACUCAUUUCUUAGGCAUUAAUUGGAGGUAAUGAUUAGUGCAAUAGAAAACUUAAAGACCUUCCUCCAUGUGAAGUGCUAGUUUUUAUCAAAGGAAAUCAUCAACUUAUGGAAAGUUUGUACGAUUGUUCUCACUUUGUGAGUAAAAUCAUUGGGUUCUG